AAUUUGUGAAGCAGAGAUGGGGGAGAAGAAGGGGAAAGCGAUCAUAGUAGGAGGGAGUAUAGCAGGCGUAUCGUGCGCACACUCGCUCACGUUAGCAGGCUGGGAUGUUUUGGUGAUCGAGAAAUCUUCCGAACCUCCGGCUCGGAGUCCUACUGGUGCUGGGCUUGGACUCGACCCUCAGGCUCGCCAAAUCAUCAAAUCUUGGCUUCCUCGUCCACAUCUGUUAGAUGAAAUCACCUUGCCUCUCUCGAUUGAUCAGAAUCAGGCAACUGAUAGUGAGAAGAAAGUGACGAGUAUUCUAACAAGAGAUGAGGAUUUUGAUUUUCGAGCGUCAUAUUGGUCAGAUAUUCACACUCUUCUGUUUAACGCAUUGCCUCAAUCCAUGUUUCUAUGGGGACACAAGUUUCUGUCUUUCACAAUGUCACAAGAUGAGUCUAGUGUAAAGGUUAAGACUUUAGUUAUGGAAACUCAAGAAACCGUUGAAUUCCAAGGGGAUUUGCUCGUUGCAGCAGAUGGGUGUUUGUCUUCGAUUAGGAAAACAUUCUUGCCUGACCUUAAAUUGAGGUUUUCUGGUUAUUGUGCUUGGAGAGGUGUUUUUGAUUUCUCGGGGAGUGAGAACUCGGAAAUUAUUACUGGAAUUAAGAAAGUGUAUCCGGAUCUUGGAAAGUGCUUGUAUUUUGAUCUCGGUGAACAGACUCAUUGCGUGUUUUACGAGCUUUUUAACAAAAAACUCAACUGGAUUUGGUAUGUCAAUCAACCAGAGCCUGACCUGAAGGGCAACUCUGUUACUCUAAAAGUGACCCAAGAAAUGAUCAGUAAGAUGCAUCAAGAAGCAGAAACCAUCUGGAUCCCGGAGCUGGCGAAACUCAUGAGAGAAACAAAUGAUCCUUUCCUUAAUGUUAUUUACGACUGCGACCCUUUAGAACGAAUAUUCUGGGGAAACGUCGUGCUAGUUGGAGACGCGGCUCAUCCCACGACCCCUCAUGGUGUAAGAAGCACAAACAUGUCGAUUCUUGAUGCGGAAGUGCUAGGAAAAUGCUUGGAGAAAUGUGGGCCUAAUAAUCUAAGCUUGGGUCUAGAGGAAUAUCAGAGAAUAAGAUUGCCUGUUGUUUCUGAGCAAGUUUUGUAUGCCAGGCGUUUGGGACGUAUCAAGCAAGGUCUGGAUCAUGAAGGAAUCGGUGGGGGCGGUUUUUCUUUGGAGCAGAGAAACAUGCCAUUCUUUUCUUGUGCCCCCCUUGUCUAGUGAUGAAUAUUUGAUGUAAGAUAUGUUGUAUUUGUGUGUUAGUAAUUGUGUAUUUAACAUCCCCUGAAGAGAUGAGCAUAACAUUGUGAACGUCAAUAUAGAAACUAUUGAAUACAAGCUUUAUAAAACUGAUGAAACAGUUGUGUUUUA